AUGAUUCGGAAACGCACCUCGAUGAAAGGCAAGCCGCUGCUGCUCUUGGCGGCGAUAGCAGGCAUUGCCACCGCCCAGGUGAAACCGAACAGCUUCACCGUCAGCGGCAGAAUCUACAUCGGCUGCGCCGUGCUCAACAACGUCGCCACGGAGACCUUCGACUUUCCCGCCAACGAACUGACGCCGCAACUGUGCCAUUCCAUGCCUUUUUCAAGCUCUCGCUUUUCGUUUCUGCGCCGCCGGGGUCGAGCUCCAGCAGUUCUCAUAGCUCUGGCAGCACGAGUAGCUUCCGCAGCAUGGGUAGCUCUAGCAGCUGUAGCAGCUCCAGUAUCACGGCCUCCACAGCAGGCACUUGUCUACCUCUCAAACGUCUUCCAACGGUUCAGUGACGAGCAGCGAUACUUCGACAUCGGCGUCUCCGAGCAGCAGUACCGGGGGCGGACCGCCCUCUUCAACUCGGAUAUUACCACACCGUUUACUGCGGCCGACCUUGUAGAUAUAACGAUCCUCAUCACGGUCAAGGUCAUUGCUGCUCCCUCAACGGGUCCGGCAACGACACUGGACGCCUAA